UUUCUGGCCUCUCCAGAGGUUUCCAGCUUUUCCUCCAUUGCGGAGCCUUUUCUUCUCCCUCUUUCCUCCUCGGUCCCUUUCCAAUCCUUUUCCCUCAUGGAGGCCUCCCUGCCCGUCUCCCACCUUUCUCCCCUUCAGGCCGGAAUCCCCCAGAGAGCCCCCCGGAACUCCUCUUCUGACCGCCCGGCCGUUCGUGACAGGAUUUGGUCCCUUUGGAGGCCUCCUUCGAUCUCCGCGGAGCUUUUAGGGCGGCUGUUCUUCAGGGAGGCUCCAGAGAAGUUUUUCUCCGUCUCCACAGACGGUUCCUGGACAGGAAGGAGAGGAAGACGGAGAAAGAGCCGCCUGUGGAGACAGGAAGGCAUAGAGACCGGCCUUUCUUUUCCCUUCUCCCAAGCCCAUCCUCCCCGCUCUCGCCCUUCCCCCUCCAUUGCGCUCCUCUUUCCCGCCCUUUCUACAAUCCUGGCACUUCGCGCCAAAUCCAUCAGGGGGCGCCCUCCGCCAACGGAAGGGAACUCCAGGCGCUUCCCCAUUGGCCCACUGGAGCCUUGCCUCUCUAGGAUUUUGCACUCGCUCGCCUUAACCCCUGGAGCCCCGGAAGAGGCGGAGAGGCUGCGGGAGAGUCUAGCGGGGGGACAUCCAAACGUGCCUCGGAUACAGAAACUGGAAGCCAUUUGUGGUCUUUGCAAGGUAAAUUUUUCUCUUGAGGGAAGAAAAAGAGCGGAAUCCCUUGCAGGGAUCAAUCCUGCACCACUAGAAAUGGUCCCGUGAAGGAAAAGGCAUCUGGAGACCCACCAGAGUCCUUGGAACCAUUUGGAGUUGCUCUGCAGGACAGAGAAAGGAU